GGGAAAUCUCUCCCUCUCCCUGUACCAGUACCAGUUGGAGUGGGGAACCAACCAAGGCGAAGAAGGAAGAAAGGGAGGAGGAACGAUGGAGAAGAACAAGAAACGGCCGACGUUCUCGGGGGCACCUCAGAACCCUACAUCGAAGAAGCCCUUCGAUCCCAGAGGGGGAGGGAUGGGAGUGGGGGGAGGGGCGCCCCCUCCACCGGUGACGGAGGACGAGGAAAUGGCUGACGAGGACGUGUUCCUCGAGGAAACCCUAAUCCGGGACGAGGAGCUUCAGGAAUCCGGCGUCGAGGGUCUUGCUGCUCGCCUUGCCAAGUGGAACCGCCCUCCUCUCGACCCUGACUUCCUCUCCACCAACAAGAGCAUCGUGUUUCAGCAGCUGGAGAUUGAUUACAUCAUUGGGGAGAAUGACAAGGAGCUUCUGCCGAAUUCUGUUGGCCCGGCUGCCGUGCUUCGGAUUUUUGGGGUCACGAGAGAAGGUCACAGUGUUUGUUGUCAUGUUCAUGGAUUUGAGCCAUAUUUCUACAUAAGCUGUCCCGAUGGAAUGGGCCCUGAUGACAUCUCUAAGUUUCACCAGAUCCUGGAAGGAAGAAUGAAAGAAGCUAAUAGAAACAGUAAGGUGCCAAGAUUCAUUAUGCGUAUAGAGAUUGUACAGAAGAGGAGCAUAAUGUAUUACCAAGAGCAGAAAUCUCAUGCUUUCCUCAAAAUUGUUGUUGCAUUACCAACCAUUGUUGCUAGCUGCCGUGGUAUCUUGGAGAGGGGCAUACAAGUUGAUGGACUUGGUUUAAAAAGCUUCACCACUUAUGAAAGUAAUGUGCUUUUUGCCCUUCGAUUUAUGAUUGACUGUAACAUUGUUGGUGGUAACUGGAUUGAAGUCCCUCCUGGGAGGUACAGAAGAAGUGUGCGAUGUAUGACAUACUGUCAGCUUGAAGUUCACUGCCUGUAUUCUGAAUUGAUCAGCCAUGCUCCAGAAGGGGAAUUCUCCAAAAUGGCUCCAUUUAGGAUUUUAAGUGUGGAUAUUGAGUGUGCAGGUCGCAAGGGACUCUUCCCGGAGCCUACUCAUGAUCCAGUUAUUCAGGUGGCAAAUCUAGUCACGCUGCAAGGUGAAGAUCAUCCUUUUAUACGUAAUGUGAUGACUCUUAAGUCAUGUUCUCCAAUAGUUGGGGUUGAUGUAAUGUCGUUUGACACAGAAAGAGAAGUAUUGUUAGCUUGGAGGGAUUUUGUUCGUGAAGUUGAUCCUGACAUUAUAAUUGGAUAUAACAUCUGCAAGUUUGAUCUGCCUUACCUCAUUGAGAGGGCAGACGCCUUGAAGAUUGCUGAAUUUCCUAUUCUGGGCCGCAUCAGAAAUAGUAGAGUUCGUAUGAAGGACACUACCUUCUCCUCAAGGCAAUAUGGUACUCGUGAAAGUAAAGAAGUGGCUAUUGAAGGGAGAGUGCAAUUUGAUUUGCUUCAGGCUAUGCAAAGAGAUUACAAAUUGAGUUCAUAUUCACUGAAUUCUGUGUCGGCACAUUUCCUUUCGGAACAGAAAGAGGAUGUUCACCACUCAAUAAUUUCUGAUCUUCAAAAUGGGAAUGCAGAGACAAGGAGGCGGCUUGCGGUGUACUGUCUGAAGGAUGCUUAUCUUCCACAGCGUCUCUUGGACAAGCUGAUGUAUAUAUAUAAUUAUGUAGAGAUGGCUCGAGUUACUGGGGUGCCAAUCUCCUUUCUGCUUUCCAGAGGGCAGAGCAUAAAGGUUCUUUCUCAGCUUUUGAGGAAAUCAAAGCAAAAGAACCUCGUUAUUCCCAAUGCCAAGGGCCAAGGAUCUGGGCAGGACACUUAUGAAGGCGCAACUGUUUUAGAAGCCAAAUCAGGAUUCUAUGAAAAUCCAAUUGCUACUCUGGACUUUGCUUCACUGUAUCCAUCUAUUAUGAUGGCAUAUAAUUUAUGCUACUGCACGCUGGUUUUGCCUGAGGAUGUUCGCAAGUUAAACCUGCCACCUGAAUGUAUUAACAGAACACCAUCUGGUGAAACCUUUGUGAAGUCAAAUUUGCAGAAGGGAAUACUUCCAGAGAUUCUUGAAGAGCUAUUAGCUGCUCGUAAAAGAGCUAAGGCAGAUUUGAAGGAAGCCAAAGAUCCAUUUGAGAGGGCUGUUUUGGAUGGUCGCCAGCUGGCUUUAAAGGUCAGUGCAAACUCUGUCUAUGGAUUUACUGGAGCUACUGUUGGGCAGCUGCCUUGUCUAGAAAUAUCUUCUAGUGUGACCAGCUAUGGUCGUCAGAUGAUAGAGGAAACCAAGAAGCUAGUUGAGGCACGAUUUACUACUAAAGGUGGCUAUGAGCAUAAUGCUGAGGUUGUAUAUGGAGACACUGAUUCAGUCAUGGUACAGUUUGGAGUACCAACUGUAGAUGCUGCAAUGCAAUUAGGUAGAGAGGCAGCUGAGUAUAUCAGCGGCACAUUCACGAAGCCCAUCAAGCUGGAGUUUGAGAAAGUGUAUUAUCCAUAUCUUCUUAUCAGUAAGAAGAGGUAUGCAGGACUUCUGUGGACAAAACCAGAAAAAUAUGAUAAGAUGGACACAAAGGGCAUUGAAACAGUUAGAAGGGACAACUGUCUUCUGGUAAAGAAUCUGGUGAAUGAAUGCCUUCAUAAAAUACUGAUUGAACGGGACAUUCCAGCUGCUGUUAAGUACGUUAAAAACACAAUUGCUGAUCUUCUAUUGAACCGCAUGGAUUUGUCUCUUUUGGUGAUAACAAAGGGCUUGACAAAAACUGGAGAUGACUAUGCGGUGAAAGCUGCACAUGUUGAACUUGCUGAACGCAUGCGCAAGAGAGAUGCUGCAACUGCACCAAAUGUUGGUGAUCGGGUUCCUUAUGUAAUUAUUAAAGCUGCUAAAGGUGCUAAGGCCUAUGAAAAAUCUGAGGAUCCUAUAUUUGUGUUGGAGAAUAAUAUUCCUAUAGAUCAUCAAUACUAUCUUGAGAAUCAAAUUAGUAAGCCUCUCUUGAGAAUAUUCGAGCCAAUUUUGAAGAAUGCAGAAGAGGAGCUUCUUCAUGGCAGUCACACAAGAGCUAUUUCCAUCUCAACUCCUUCAAAUAGUGGUAUAAUGAAAUUUGCAAAGAAGCAACUUAGCUGUAUUGGCUGCAAGACUCCAAUCAGUAAUGCAGAGCAAACACUUUGCAAACACUGCAAGGGAAGAGAAGUUGAGCUGUACAGUAAAACAGUUUCGAAUGUGAGAGAGUUGGAGGUGCAGUUUGGUAGACUAUGGACAGAGUGUCAAAGAUGCCAAGGAUCUCUACACCAAGAUGUUCUUUGUACAAGUCGUGAUUGUCCUAUAUUUUAUCGGAGGAAGAAAGCCCAGAAGGACUUGGCAGAGGCUGAAUUGCAAUUACAUAGGUGGAAGCUUUGAGAUGGUAAUCUUUUCUGCUUGCUUAUGGAACUUUUCUGCCAAGGAGGGAGCCAGGCUGUGGCGUAAAUGGGUGUUUGUUGAUAAGCACUGGUCCCUCUUUCUGAGAUAGGCACAGAGUUGACAUCCCUGGCUGCUAAACUCAAGCUAGUUUCUGGGGUGGGCAAGCUCACCUGCUAAAGGGAUCAGCUGGAGUUAUGAAGGAAGCAGGUUCCUGUUUUGAUCCUUUAUUUUAUCAUUUGCUUCGUGAAGCAAGCCUCUUUGACAUGCAAGCUGGUCAGAAAUGGAGAAGCAAAUGCUGCUAAUGGUGUAACCGAGAAAAAAGAUGAACAUAGGCUGAUUGAAAAGCCUUGUAAUAAUGGAUCAUACUAAGCACAAGUUUUGCAUUCCUGCUCUUGCUACAAA